CCACUCGCUCGCUCGGCCAACUCGUGCACUCCCUCCCUCCCUGGCUCUUUUCUCCCUCGCUCUCUAUCGCCAGUGUCUGGCUCGGGGAGCGCGGCGGUGCGUGCGUGCGUUUGUUCGAAAAGUCGCACUGGGGAGAGACCCGACUCUACUCAGCAUAUUCUUCGCGCCAAGCCUGUGUGUUGUGUCGGCAUAUUCUGGUGGCUCUGUGUGUUUCCGCUGUUGAACGUGACCUUGGUGAUCGGGCACGUAUUUAACCCGCGAAUUAAAAAAAAGUUUAUUGUGUAUUAUGCGGAUGGGACUGUGUAGUGACGCAAUGUUUACCUCUUGGCCCUGCCUGGAUCUACUACAGCUGCUGGGGUUGCCUUUGAGCACGUGAGUCUGAGUUAGAGUUUGGUCUCUCUCUCUCUCACUCUCACUCACUCUCUCCCUCUUCCUUACCUGUGUAUUCAAGACGUCGCCGCUACACCCCUGCUGAGCAGCAGGAGCAGCACCAAGGGGCCCCCCACACACCAUGUAAGGUUGAGGUGCCAUGAACAGCAAGUUUGAGGUGUGCAGCAUCAUUAAGAACGCCUCUAACAACAGCACCAAUAACAGCAACAACAACAAUAACAACAACAACAGCAACGUCGUUAAUACCACCAUUUCCUUAAGUAGAGGUGACGUCAUCGAUACCAUCACUACCACCACCACUACUACGACCCCUCCAAGUAGCAGUAACACCAUCGACACCACCAUCACCACUACUACCACCUCCACCACCACUACCUCCUCCUUCUCAAGUACCAGUAACAACAACAAUACCGCCACCUACAGCAGCAGCAGCAGUGGACUCCAAGGUGCACCAUCGCCAACACUGCCUCCAACAAUCCCAGCGAGUGAUCUCACAAGGAACGGUGCAGUGAAUCACUGGACGUAUGCACUGAACGAACAGUACCAGCAGAAUUACUACCCACAUUAUCAGUACCAGCAAUUACAGUACUACCAACAAUCCUACUAUAAUCAACAGGCAUAUCAGCAACAGCAAACAUACUACUCCCAACAACAGCAACAGUAUUUUAACCAGAGUUCAUACACUCCCGAGCAUCAACAGCAGUUCGCUGUAGGUGCACAACAACAAGUUGGGGAAGGCGGUCAAUGCUGGGAGUGCGGAGCAGCAUUCCAGGAUGUGGCACUCCUCCGUGACCACCUGGCACUUUUUCAUGCCCAUGUGCUCACCCACUCUUGCCGUUUGUGCCCAGCUGUUUUCCCUAGUCAAGCACUACUUGCUCAACAUUUCAGCACAUGCCAUGUGGUAGGUGAACCAGUUGAGUCACCAAGAACGCCCCAACUGGUUACUAGACAUACUGCGUCUACUGCACUACAACCACAAACUGGAGAACCCCAACUCCAGGACAAACCAAAAUCUGUUCGCAAGGGUAAAGAAUCUCAAAAAGGGGGUCAAAAAGUAGAUUUGUGGUGUGUACAUUGUAGGAUAAAUCAGUUUGCCAGUGAGAAAGAUUUUGAGGCUCAUCACUUGGGCCACAUUCAUCAACGGACCCUAAAAGUGCGACUAAAACGCCUAACUGCAGCAGAGCUGAAGAAGGUCAAGGUGGAGUCACGUAGAAAGAGGAGUGGGUCAAGUAUCAAACUGAAGCUCAAGAUUUCCAAAGUGGGUCGUGGUCGCGGUCGUAAGCGAAGAGAAGUGCGCAUUGUUAGCAACGAGGGCAUGAGUGAGAGCCAAAACAGUUUUCAGGCACAAGACGGACUGGAAGCUGAAACUCGGGAGCAGGAAGAGGUGGAUGGUACGGAAGAGGGUGGUGUACCUGAAGAGAAAGAGGAAAGUGGAGGUGAGAGUGAAGGAGAACAGGUUGCCAGUGGAUCGCCCACAGAACCCCAGGAUAUAGAGGACCAGGGAGAACAAGAUUCAUUGCCUGGGCAUGACGACUUGGAUUGUGGCAAAGAGCAGGAUUACGAGCAGGAGGAGCGUGAUUCUCAACAAGACAGUUCUGAGCUGCAGGAACAAGACCAAGAGAAAGAGGAAGAGACUGCUUCAUCACAACAAAAAGAGGCACAGGGAGAUUAUCAACAAGCCUCAGGAAGUGGUGGUGAACCAAGUGACAACAGUAACAGUGAAUUCAACUCUAACUUUGGUGAACAAGAUCUUGGAUUUGUAGGUGCUGGAUCAAGUGACACUCCUUCUUCAACUUACCAACCUCAAUUUGAGUCAUUUCCUACCAGUGACUGGUUCAGUGAAUACGAAUCAGGAUCAAGAAUAGCUGCUGCCAUGGCAGGAGCAACAACUGCAGAGACUGCCAGUGAGAGUGGUGCUUGGGAGGGUGGAACAGAGGGAACAGCCGACCCUACUUAUAGUUCAGCUAACACUCCACCAGAAAAGGAUGCCUCCAGUCCACCUGUUAAUGGUGGAGGAAGUGAUGGUGAUGGGGAAGAUGGGUUAUUCAGCCAGGAAGUGUUGGGUCAGGAAUCUCCAGAAAAGAAUGAUCGCCAGGGCAGCUUCGAACAGCUAUGUUUAAAUGACUCUUUCACUGGUCAGAGCCAGAAUAGUAAUGAGGAGCAGUCUCAACAACAGCAAGAUCAGUCACAGAUGCCUUCCCCACAGGAGCAGCAGCAACAGUCUUCUGGUGUUGCAAGUGAUCUUUUAUCAGAACUGGAAUAUUUAAAUAAUAGUGGUCAGUCAUCACAAGAUUCACAGCCGGACUCACAGCAAGGAUCACAGUCAGGUCAAAUGGAUGGGUCUCCACACAGUGGAGGUCCCUCACCUCAUAGUGGAGGACCUACCACUCCUUCACACCUUAGUUCCCGGGGCUCUAACUCAGGAACACCAACUUCCUCUGGUGGGCAGCCAACACCACCACCAUCUGAUACAUCCUUUAGAGCCUUGGCCACCAGUCCCAUCACGAGUCCAACUCAGCAGCCAACUUCACCAUCACUCCACAAAGGCCCAACUCCACCUGCUACUUCACCACUGCAACAGCAGCAGCACUCGCCACAAGCUGGUGAGCAGCAGCAAGCAGGAGUGCCUCGGCUAACUAUAGCUAACAAUCUUAUGGCCCCAGCAACUAGUGCUCACAUGAUGGCAACAACAACUGCUAGUCAAGCUGCAGUUGGGGGUAUGAUGUCUAGAUAUGGUAAUCAGUGGUCACAAGGGGCAGCAGGAUACAGUGGCACAGGAGGUUAUGCAUCUUUGGCAGGUACAAGUAUGGCAAACACAAACUUAGCUGGUCCAUUACGUGCCCCAUUACCCCCAAGUGUUGCUAUGCCAUAUCGUCCUAGUCCACCACCACGAGUUAGAGGAAGACCUCCCCUAAUGGGUCAUGUUGGUCGUCCUCCCCUUCAUCAAGCAGCCCACCUUCAACCUUCACGUGGACCUGGCCGUCCUCCAACAUCAUCCAUCCUUCCACCACCACUUAUGCCAGCACCAGGGGGACGUGGUGGUAUGAUGCCACCUCUACAACGUAUGCAUCAAACAAUGUACUCAGGUCAGAGACAAGCAUCUCCACAACAACAAAGUGCCGCUGGAAAAAGGCAGCUUUUGGGUGCUGCUGGUCACUCGCCAAGCAAAACUGCCCGUCGGGAGGAUAUCAAUGUGCCAUCCCGUCAGAAAGACAAUGAAUGUCAAAUCAUUGCAGUUGCAAACCGAAGUGAUGGACUACCGGUAAUAUCCAAUGUACAGGGAGGCUCUGCAGCACCUGGUAACCAACACCGGGGCUCAGGUGUCCCAGCAACCACGGAGUCCACAAUUAAUCUCAGUGAUUCCAUUACCCUGAGUGUACGAGCAUCUGGUGGUAAUAAAGAAACAGCUUCACGUGGUGAACGAGGUGGCCCUGAGGCUGGAGCUGUUGCUAACCUAUUGGCUUCACGAGGUAUCACUGUUACCCCAGCUGCUGGUGAACGCCAGGAUGGUGUCGGAGGAAGAGAUGAUCGCCGCUUGCCUACAGCACAAGAGCUAAAUUUGUCUUCAGCCAUAUCUGUUCACCCACCAACACAGAGAGAACGGGAAGCAGGUGGAAGAGAACGGGAUAGAGAUGGAUUUGCUGUCCCGCAGGCACCUCCUACUCGAGGAAGUGUUUCAAACAGUAAUGUAGAACGUCCUCCUCGUCCUCCCACUGUAGAUUUAACUCAAGAUGUUCCCUCUUCUGGUUCUCAGGGCACUCGUCACAAAUGCCAUCAAUGUGACCGCUCUUUUCCAACCGCAGCAUUAUUGUCAGAACAUAGUCGUGUGCAUCAACAGCAGCAACAGUCCCGUAUGCCUUUUAAGUGCCACCUGUGCACUGCAGGAUUUUCUACUCAAAAGGGUCAGCAACAUCAUUAUCAGCAGUUCCACCAGUUACACCUCUCAGCUGGUGAUGUGGCUAUUCCUUUAGUAGACCUGCGUAAUCCUGUUAAUGUGCAGCGUAUGGCAGCCCUUGGAAUCCGUUCAUUCCUUCCACUGACAAACCUCCAAAACAGAGGUGCUGGUGGUGUGGUUGGUGUCCCUAUACUAACCCUGGAAAACUUGAGAAAUGGUCAUAUGACCUUGCAGCAAUGGGGUGUCAGUGAUGUGUUGUCCCUCGGACCUGCAAAGACUCUAAAUAUCCCCAGGUAAUCAUUAAAGGUGAUGUGACACUUAUCAGUUCCAAAGUUACUGUGUGGACGUCUGGUGCAAUUUAAGACGUUCGUUUUCCUUUAUUUUGGCACUGAUCAUUUUAGUGAAGAGCAGACAGAAAUGGGUGCUGCAGUUAAACAUCACCCUGAAUGGACAAAAAUGGCAUUAGGUUUUCUUGUCAAAAUGUACAAACUUACUUGAGUGUGCAUUCAAAAUGCUAGAACUGUAAUGUAUACGAAAGAUCUCCCUAUGUGUAUGUAUUUCUGUUUCCGGAUUGUAGUUUUAAAUUUUGUUUAUAUUAAACAUUGUUUUGAUGUUUCAUUGUUUUGGAGUGCCAAAAGAAACUACAAGGAUGAGGAUUUGUUUUGUAUAUUAAUUAUGGAAAAAUAUUUUUUUUAUGUGGAUACAGUAACUGAAUAGAAUAUUUAUUGAUAAUACAGGAUGGCUAUGAAAAAUUAUAAAACUUUUUUUCAUCAAAAAUCUUAGGAAAUAUUUAUGGAAAUACAUUCCUUGUAAGAAAACAGCAUAGAAGGGAUGACUUCGUUAACAUAGCUGACUGUUGUGCAUCUAUACCUUGAUUAAUACAGUAGUUCUAUUCAGUUCUUAACUAAGGAAUGCCCUUUUUUUGUAUUUUUUACCAAAUAAUUUGAUUUUGUAAAGUGAAUGUACAAAUCUUUGUAUAUAGUUUUAUAUAUUUUCUAUAAAUGUGAAAUAAAUUAGAACUGAA